AUGGACGGCCUCUUGCUCAAUACGGAAGACAUCUACACAUUAUGCGCUGACAACGUGCUUCUCAAAUACGGUCGACCUCGGCUCCCCUGGUCCCUCAAAGCCCGGCUUAUGGGCGUUCCUGGAAGUUCCAACGGAGACGUCUUCCACCAGUGGGCCCAGCUCCCCAUCUCCCGAGAGCAGUAUGCAAAAGAACAGUGUGAGCAACAGCAAAUCCACUUUGACAAGUGUGAACCGUUGCCCGGCGCCCAAAAGCUCCUCCGGGAUCUCAACAAGGCUCAAACGACGACUGGCCUGCCCGUGGAGAUUGCCCUAGCUAGCAGCAGCGAGAAGCUCAACUACGAUCGGAAGGUAGUGCGGCCGGAGUCGAAGGCGCUGCUGGAUUUAAUUCCUGAGGAGCAUCGCGUUCUAGGCGACGAUCCGCGUGUGCGCAAGGGUCGAGGAAAACCGGCACCCGAUAUCUACUUAUGUGCAUUGCAGAUUCUCAAUUCCAAGCUCUCCAAAGGGUCGCCUCCGAUAUCACCUGAGGAAUGUCUAGUCUUCGAGGAUAGCCUGCCCGGUGUCGAGGCGGGGAGGAGGGCGGGAAUGAGAGUUGUUUGGGUCCCCCACCCAGGCUUGUAUGCUGAGUUUAGAGAUCGGGAGUUGGAGGUGCUUGCGGGAAGAACUGGGCUGGUAGAGAUUGGCGAUGAAGGGCAACUGGGUGAGAUUGACGAUGGAUGGGGAGAGCACUUGGCCAGUUUGGAAAACUUUCCGUACGCAAAGUUUGGCAUCGAGGUACUUUCUUUAUGA